AUGAAGCGACCCGUUUCGGGCAACACCGGUACUCCAUUGUACGGGUCUUAUCAACAGAGUGGAUCGUACCAGCCGCCCGUACACUAUGCAGCCGAUCAGACCAAAACGUUGGAAGACACGACCAAGACGUACUACCAGGCGGACGAAACGGCCGUGCAGAUUCUCAACCAAAUGACUACCCAACGGCAACAAGUCCAGAGUGCCAGCGGCAACGUCUGGGACAUGCGACAGGCAACCGAAAAGGCUAAACACGAAAUACAAAGUCUGCAGCAAAAAUAUCGAGAAAAGAAACGCCGUCUCUAUGUAUUGAUUGCCGUGCUGAGCUUGACGGAUACGGUGCUCUUCUUUCGCAUUCUGCAAUGCCGAGGCAACUUUUUUUGUUGAGAAGAAAACCUAAUUUGCGUUUGA